CUCACCUCACCGCGGAACUCAAAACACAGUUCGAGGUUCAAACCUGAGCUGGAAGCCGUAAACUUAAAACCUGCGGUCUCCUCCACCUUCCGCUUUACUCUCGGAUUACAUCGGUGAGUCACGGACAUUUCGUUCGCGAUAACCUUCCCAGAAGCGAAGUUACCUAAGAUCUGACUUCGGCAGGUAGAAGAAGUGCGAUGGCGAAUCCGGUGACAGUCACUUGGUCCAAAGUAUAAAUGUGCUGAUAAGGCGUUUUUAGAAGUGGACCGUCAGUGACACUACCUGCCGACAGAGCCGCUGCGCCACGCUGUCACUCUGAACCUGGCAACCGCGUAAGUUAAUUGCAAGAUGAGUACAGAAGACCAAAUUGCACCACUGUCUCCCAAGACAUCACCCUCCACACCAACCUUGACACCAUUUACGCAACGAAAAGAGAGUAACUCCUCAUCUGAAGGUAACAGACAGGACAGCUGGGAGUUGGUUGAGGACUUGCGCGGACUGACAGGAAAUAUUCAGAAGCCUGAGAAGCGGGAAGGUUUGCUGUUGAAAAAGAGAAAGUGGCCCAUGAAAGGCUGGCAUAAGAGAUAUUUCCUGCUUGAAAGGGGCAUCCUUACAUAUGCCAAGACCGGGACUGAUCUGAAGAAGGGGAGGUUACGAGGUCGCAUUGAUGUUGGUCUCUCUGUCAUGGCCAUGAAGAAGAAGUCAAUGUGUAUCGACCUGGACACAGAGGACAGUAUCUAUCACCUCAAGGCGAAGACUCGGGAUCUGUUUGAACAGUGGGUGACGCAACUACGCCAUCAUCGAAUGUUCCGUCAGAACGAGAUCGCCAUGGAACCUCCCGAGCGACAGCUGCAAUCUGACCCCACCUCCAACAGACGACGUUUAUUUCUCUCCAAGCAGCCUUCAGCCCUUUUGAAGAAUAGCUGGUGCCAAAACUCACAAGACAUGGAGAAGUGCUGCAAAGAUCUGUCAGAGUGUGAGUCAGGGCUGCUGGAAUUAAAUCUGCUGCUGAAAAAUAUGGAAGUUCUUCACAGAACAUUCUCAGCACCUGCCAUUAACUUACUGCAGGUAGGGCUGUUUGGAUUAAAUAUGCGUUUAUGUUUUGGUCUGUGUGGGUGGGUGUCCGAUGAUGAUUCGUACAUCAGUGAUGUGAGUGACAGCACGUCAGUAGAGUAUUGCAGGAAUGAGAACGGCAUCACAAAGGAGAUUUUAAGUAAUGGCAAUGACUGCACAGUGACGCGGCGAGACCGUUUGCCGAGUUCACGUAUGAACGAGAGCGUGAAUCUGUGGAGUAUUCUGCGUAGUAACAUAGGUAAAGACCUGUCGAAAGUUGCCAUGCCUGUUCAACUCAAUGAGCCCUUGAACACCCUGCAGAGACUGUGUGAGGAAGUUGAGUACUGCCACCUGCUGGACACCGCUGCAAACACACACGACCCACAUAUGCGCAUGGUGUAUAUAGCAGCAUUUGCUGUAUCUGCAUAUGCGUGUUCGUUCACUAGAGCAGGAGGAAAACCGUUUAAUCCUAUACUGGGAGAGACAUACGAGUGUCUCCGGCCAGAUAAGGGCUUCCGCUUCAUUGCUGAACAGGUCAGUCACCAUCCACCUGUGUCCACUUGUCACUGCGAGUCCAAAAACUACACAUUUUGGCAAGAUGUCCGGUGGAAGAAUAAGUUUUGGGGAAAAUCCAUGGAAAUCGUUCCCAUGGGAUUUACUCACUUAGAGCUGCCAGGGUGAUUUAAUUUUAUCCUGAAUUGUUCUGAUUCCCAUUCGCUUCCAUUAUU